UCCUGCUUCAGUCUGCUUGGUAUCUUUUGGUGGUUGCGCCGCCUUCUUUUUAGAGAAGUCCAGACGGCGUUGCUAAAUCGAAGUGAUCUCAAAAAUGUCCUUAGUUUGUCGCUUUCGAACCAGAGAGGCGAGGUGAAAGUGUGACUCUUUACGAAGCAACGUUUGGAAAAUGUUGGCGCCAUGUAGCCGCAGCGUCUCGGACUGACUUUGGAGAACAGACGUGCUAUUGUGGGUGAAACCUCAAGGAGAUGGCAGAGUCCUUCAGGCAGAAGACCUCCUUCUGAAGCACUUUAAAUUAUACUCCAAAUAGGUUCACGAUGACAGCUGGCCAGAUGUUUCUUUUGUCUUUGAUUGCUUUGGUCCCUGCCUGCACUAGCUUGCAAGAUGAAAGCAAGGUGGGAAGCUCUGAAUGCAUGUGUGACGGGUCAUCAUGCAGCAAUGGCGACCGGUGUUUUGGCCUGCAGUGCUUCACAUCUCUCUCCUUACUAAACGGGACUUUGGUGCAUCAGAAGGGAUGCAUUGCGGGUAAUCAAGAAGGGUCACUGAAGUGUGGGAUCCCACCAACCCCAGAGCUUGUGGUGGAGUGCUGCUUUGGGAAUUUGUGCAACAUGAACGUGUCUCUGCAGCCAAUUGUUAAAGAUGUAGCAGUGUCUGCAGGCAGACCAGUCCUCAGAGAGCAGGAGUGCAUGUGUGAAGGCACUGCUUGUGAGCCCGGUCAGCGAUGCGCCGGCCAGCAUUGCUUUUCCUCUCUGAAGGUGAUCGAUGGCGCGGCUGUCCAACAGAAGGGCUGCCUGAGGGACGACGACGUGGGCCGAGCCACCUGCGCCACGCCGCCCUCACCGUCCCACGUUGUCAAGUGCUGCCAGGGCCAUCUGUGUAACAUGAACGUCACUGUGCAAGCUCCAGAGAAAGAGGAAGUGAAGCCUCUUGUCAAAGAGAAGCACGAGUGCGUGUGUGAGGGCAGCUCGUGUGCCACCGGGAAUCGCUGCAUGGGAAGCCAGUGUUUCUCAUCUUUGACAGUCAACGGUGGCUCCCUGAUGUACCAGAAAGGUUGCUUUAAUGUCUACGAGCAGCGCACGAUGACCUGCAAGACCCCGCCUUCGAGAGACCAGAUUGUGGAAUGCUGCUCCGGGCACCUUUGUAACCUGAACAGCACAGUGCAACUUCCUGUCAAAGCCGACGAGCUCUCCAACUACAGUGUGACUAUGCUGGCUGUUGUCAUUGUGGCACCCAUACUUGUCCUCGUCAUCCUCUCGGCUAUCGCCAUCCUGGUGUUCAGACGCAUCCACCACAACCAGAUGGAGAGACUAACGUCCCGGGAUGCUGAAUACGGAACCAUCGACGGUCUUAUAGCAUCCAACGUUGGGGAGAGCACGUUGGCGGACUUGCUGGAUCAUUCUUGCACCUCAGGAAGUGGUUCCGGACUUCCAUUCCUUGUUCAGAGGACUGUUGCUCGACAAAUCACUCUCAACGAGUGCGUGGGUAAGGGCCGUUACGGUGAAGUGUGGAGAGGCCAGUGGCAAGGAGAGAGUGUUGCUGUCAAAAUCUUCUCCUCCAGAGAUGAAAAGUCCUGGUUCAGAGAAACUGAGAUCUACAACACAGUGCUGCUGAGGCAUGAGAACAUCCUGGGCUUCAUCGCCUCCGACAUGACAUCGAGGAACUCCAGCACGCAGCUAUGGUUGAUCACCCACUACCACGAGAUGGGCUCCUUGUACGACUACCUUCAGCUCAGCACCCUGGAUGCGUACAGCUGCCUCCGCAUGGCGCUUUCCAUCGCCAGUGGCCUGGCUCAUCUUCACGUGGAGAUCUUCGGCACUCAGGGCAAGCCGGCCAUUGCCCACCGGGACCUCAAGAGCAAAAAUAUACUAGUUAAAAAGAACGGCCAAUGUUGCAUUGCUGACCUCGGUCUGGCUGUCAUGCAUUUUCAAGACACCAACGAGCUGGACGUAGGGAACAACCCGAAAGUAGGCACCAAACGCUACAUGGCCCCUGAGGUGCUCGACGACUCCAUCCAGAUGGACUGCUUUGAGUCCUACAAGAGGGUGGACAUUUGGGCCCUGGGCCUCGUUUUGUGGGAGAUCGCCAGGAGGACUGUGAGCAACGGCAUUGUGGAGGACUACAAGCCACCCUUUCACGACGUGGUCCCAAGUGAUCCCAGUUUUGAGGAUAUGAAGAAGGUGGUCUGUGUGGACCAGCAGAGACCUAACAUACCAAACAGAUGGUUCUCAGACACAACUUUAAUCUCCAUGGCAAAACUGAUGAAGGAGUGCUGGUACCAGAACCCAUCUGCCAGACUAACGGCGCUGCGCAUCAAAAAGACUCUGACAAAGAUCAACAGUUCCAUAGACAAAAUGAAAACGGACAUUUGAGCGUGCCUGGUGCAGGUAGUAGUAGCAGGAUUGGAAUACUUCUUGGACUAAAAGCCUUUGAGAGGGUCGAGUGUACUCUGUCUGCUUGCGUGCCCUUAUAGCGGCACAAGCCUAUAUAUUUAUUUUAAAGACUUGGCGGGACACAUUUUGGCAUCCAAAGAUGGCUUACCAGGCUCUUCUGAGACGGCCACAGGUCUUGGAAAUAGGACGUUAAAUAUUACAAUCACAAUCUAGGAGCUGGCUGUUACCUGACAUUUAUCUUUGUUUUUGCUCUUCUGAACAAGUUAGUAGAAAUAUUAAGUUCUUGCUUUUAGUCAAUGCAGCUUUUUUUCCUAGCUGGACUCAUUCAGCAGAGACGAAUGUCAGCAACAGUUGUGCAGCUGCCACCCUUAGCAUAUCACUGUACUGAAUGAUGUACUUGCUCUAUACGUUUUGUUCCUUUUUAGCUUCACAGUGACAAAUGUUAAAAGAGAACAAAUGAUCAACAUGUCUUCUGUUAGUGACGCUGAGGUGGGCCCUCCGAUCACCCUCUCCCACCUGUGGAGGCCUGUACUGUAAGUUUGCCUGUAAAGCCUUUACACCGUCUUAACGUGUGCAUUGUCAAGUUAAUGAAGUCAAACUUCAACCUUUUUUUUUAAUUAUUUCAUUAACAUUUUAUAUCAACUAGUGGUUUCUAUUAAUUAAAUAGAAAGCAAUUAUAUUACCUGUCUCAUAUGUUUGGUGCCCUUUUGUCUUACAUGCCUUAUUUUUGCCAUUUACAUAAAUAUUUGAAGUUUUGUACCAUUGGCACUAAAUCAACUACUGUCAAUAGUGGCCUCCUCUCUAGUCCUACCUCCAUUAAUCACACACACUAAAUCAUAAUAUGUAUGUGUGUGUAUGUAUAUAUAUAUAUAUAUGUAUAUAUAUAUAUAUAUGUAUAUAUAUCUGUGUAUAUAUAUAUAUAUAUCUGUAUAUAUAUCUGUGUAUAUAUAUAUAUAUAUAUCUGUAUAUAUAUCUGUGUAUAUAUAUAUAUAUAUAUAUCUGUAUAUAUAUCUGUGUAUAUAUAAAAAAAAAUACCGAAUGUUCUCUGUAGAAUAAUUGGGAAAAUUAUCAAUUUAUUAAUUUUAAAAUGUUUGUACAGAAAUAAUUCAUAUAUAUUGAUUAGAAUAACAUUGUUACUGCAUCUUCAUGGAUGUUACUUCAAGACAACACAUUUAAAUAGCAUUUUUUUUGUUGAACAAAUGAUUUAAAAUGAUAUAUUAUUUAAUAUUAUGAAAUUGCAUAAUAAAGAAACCCAAUAGUCACUAUGAGGAAAUUCACUAAUUCUAAUUUCCUAAACCUAGUAGUCAGAACUGUUCAUAAUCCCAUUCCGUUUUCGUCACCUCAGAAACAUAACAAUCUAUUUAAGUGUCAGAAUUCCAUAGUUGAAUGAACGCAUCAUUUGGAAAAAGUCGUUCAGCGACGUGAAAAAGACGCUGAACCGGAUGACCCUUAUGUUGUUUCAUGAAGAGCAUUUCCAGGCCACCUGACUCCAACACUGUAAUGGAUACUUGCGAUCAACAUGCAUGCAACAGCUGUUUGGACUUUUUACUGUCAUAUUCAGUGUCAUUUAAGCCAUUACACACCCACACGGCGGCGAGGGUUCACUCGGAAAAUCCAACUUCCUGUUUGGUUCCUGAUUGCACUUUAUUGUACAUUUUUAAAUCGUACUGAGAUGCAAGCUGUAUGUAGCUGGUAAAUAAACUACUUGUAGAAAUCUACAGUACUACUGAAAGACACGUUCACCUAUAUUACUUCUUUACACCUUGACACAUGACCAGCAGAACUACCAGCUUUAUUAUCAUUUAUUAUAGUUUUUAGUGGUGUACAAGUGCACUGUAACAUACUGAGAGCUCUUUCUAAUACUUUCACCCGGUCAUUCUAGUACCAGUGCCAUUGCACACAAACAAGCUGACAUAUUUGAAAGAAAAUAGAAAUGCAGGACUCAUUGUGGAGUCAAUCAUUUGUAGUAAAUGUAACACAUAUUGGUUGAAGAAAUGGACACAAAAGAUUACAUUUUUAGUCUUGACUCGGGUCUGAGCUUCUCAGAACCCAAGCUUUUUCAUGUGGCUCGAACAUGUCAGAGAACUUCGGGAGUACUUUGGCUCAAGACCAUGAAAAGACAAGCAGCUGUUUUAAAGUCUAUUCUCAACAUAUAUAGAAAUACUCCUCGUCAUUUUGUUUUUCAACUAACACGACUUAUUCAACAUGCGUUUUUUACUCCUAAUAAUAAUUAAAAAAUACUACUAUAAGGACAUUACAGUAUAUAAAUGUAUUUUUUUCGUUUACUAUUUUAACAAAAUACAUUUUUUAGCAGAUAUUACUAUUUUAACAUGUUUUAAAAAAUAUAUAGUCAUCCACGACAGAGUAUUAGGGCCACAUUGAGAAAAAAAUAAUCUGACAUUUCGAGAAUUAAGUCGUAAAUUUACAAAAAUAAAGUCUCCUAAAUUUCCGAGAAAAAACUCUGUAACUUUAUGUUGCAGGCAUUGCCUGAGACAGCUGUGAAACGGGGGGACUUAUGUGACCCUUAGCCUUGGGCAUGUGGAGGAGGCUGCCAUCAGUCCCGGAAACGCAAUUGGUUCUGCGCAUGCGCGAGAUCUACGUCACUUCCUCCUUUAGUAAAUUUUUAUGACAGCGCUUCUGCGACGUCACGUGCUGGGGUAGUUUUUAUUUUUCAAAUGUAUGAACGUAAAUGGUCAAUAACCAUCCCUCAUGUAUGUAAUAUAUUGGGGGGUUAUUUUAUUAGUAACUGUUAUUAAAAGACUUUGUUAGCAUGCGGAUGGUGUAGAUUACACGUGCCCAACAUGUGACUGCCGAAAAAUAGGCCGACCGGAUGACGAUGAUGAUGCACAUGCGCAGAACCGAUUGCGUUUCCGGUACAUAUUGCGUAAUGACACGGCGAGCGUAAGGAAGGGCUACAUAAAAUAAUCUGUUUGUGAUCAACUGCUCUGUUUUGCUUCCAAGUUAAAAAUAAAAGCUUGCCUUGAAGCAAGAGGAAAGUUUCCUUCCUUCCUGAAGUUAGUCGCCAGACCCAGAGAAAAUAGAGUGAGGCUCUAUUUUUCUAUUUUCCUCAGACACGUAUGACAAUUAAUCUUGUAAAUUUACAACGUUAUUGUCAGAAUAUUACGGCUUUUCUCUUAAAUUUAUGACUUUAUUCUCGUAAUAUUACAAUUUAUUCUGGAAAUCUCAGAUUAUUUUUUUUUUCUCAAUGUGGCCCUAAUACUCCGUCGUAGCAAUACUAUUUUCAUGACAUUGACGUGACAUGACCUUUUUUUUUUUUUUACAAAUACUGCAAAUACUGUUUAACCAAUAC